CCUGUUAUUUUUGGGGGGCGGGGGGUCGGAGAGUCCCGGACCAGGACUGCAGCUUGCGGUUGGGCUCUUUUCAAGGGGGGCAGGCGUCCGGUAGGUUUUUGUUUAAAGUGACGACAGGUGCCUCUGGUUCUCUUUAGGAAGGUGGGAAGCCAAAACUGGGGCUUUUAAAAGUCUUUUUUCUAAUGUCAGGCUACACCAGUAUCAGCUGAUAGUCUCGGAUUGUUUAACUGUUGGAUCACUGUUUUGCCCUCAGAUGGCAAAGGCUUAAGGGGGUGAGUUGCCCGCUGGAAGAGGCCUCGUUGGCGGCUGUUUAUGUGUACGGAGAGAGGGAAACGUUAAGGUACAGAAGAAAUCACCUGGUCUUUUUGUUUGAAUGCAGACUGGCCUCGCCAGCUCCCAUUCUUACUUUAAAGUUCUGGCGUGGCGCCUGAGAACCUGCAUUUUAACAAAUUUUUAACAAAGGCACCAAUUGAUUCUCGUUGUAGGUGUUGAGAGAACUCUUUUAUUGAUUCAAGGAUCUCUGGAGCAAGCCUGUUUUCUUUUUUUUUUUUUUUUUUUUUUUUUUUUAACGAAUUUUUAACUUUAGAAAUAGAUUUACAGAAAAAUUGCCAAGACCAUACAGAGUUGUCGUAUACCCUGUAACCAAGUUUUCUCCUAUUAUCAGCAUCUCACGUUGGUAUGGGACAUUUGUCCCAAGCAGUGUUGAUUGCGUUAGUGAAAGUCCUUAACUUCCUUUCGUAUUUCCUUAGUUACCCAGUGCUCUUUUUCAGUUUCAAGAUCCCACACAGGGUACUCAUUACACUUAACUGGCCUGUCUCAGUCUUUUCUAGACUGUGUCAGUUGGGGUAAGUUCCUCUUAUCUAGGCAUUCUAAAAUACUUAAGGGAGACCUGAGGGCCACACCAGCUUAAUGCAAAGUCUGCAUGGGCACAGCUGGUAAUUUCCUUAGUUCCCUAGCUAUGCGAAUAGGUGGCUCCCAAGCCUGGCAGCUUGCUUCAGUGGCGUGAUUGUUCUUGGCUCCUAACAUUUUGCUUAGUCCCGUCAGCUUGUUCUCUGUAACCUUUGUCUUGCCUUUGUUUUAUCCCCUUGUGUUUAUAGCCUUUGAGUUCAUGGCGUUUGUGGUGGCAGGUCUUUGGAUGAGAGGGAUUUUCUUUUUUGUUCCCCAGGACAGAGGUAGAGCCGAUUUUAUUUGAAAAUGGCAAGGCUGAACUCUUGAAUGGGUUGUUUGUUGAGCUGAGUGAGAUGGAAUACGUGUCCUUGGACGCAAUUCAGAGCCAGCUUGAACGCUUGCUUGCUGGGGGGCUGUUUCGGGCUGGUCUCAUCCUGUUGAUGACCAGUGUUGUUGUUGCACUGGCCCUGUGGUUCUUAGGAUUGCAAGAUGCCCUCGGUGAUAACCAUCAGAAGACUUUGAACAAAAAAAAAGUCUAUUACUCAUAGGUUCUGGAAAGCACAUGGCAUGCCUGGGUCACACCUGGUGAUUGUAGGUAGAGAGAGAGAGGGUGUGGGCCUGGGGUUCUGCUUUCAUUAGGGUCAAGGGUGGAGGCCUUGGGCUUUGUGGCUUACUUUUCAUUGGUGAACUGAAACCUUACAUGUGGGAACUUAGAGUUCAGGGAAAGAAAAAGUGGCUCUAAUCUGGCAAAGAACUACCCCCUCCCCCCAACGUCAGCUUGGCUCUGGGUUCUUUGGCUGCAGUGUGUUUAUUUGAGACAGUCAUCUCGGAAGUGGAUACGUCUUUGAAGUGGAUGCUUUGCAAUCAAAGCUCGAGUCCUGCACUUACAUUACAAAAAAGGAGAAACCUGACCUGGGGAUUGCACUACAAGCCACCCUUAAUGCCUAGGUAUCAGAGUAAGUGGUGAGGACCUUAAACUGCCUCAAUAGCUGACUUACUGAAAGUACGGGAUAGGGCCUGUUGUAAUGUAGGAAGGAUUAUGGUAGCACUCCUGUAAUUACACUACAGUCAGUAGUCUGCAAUCCAGCUGGUAGCCAUUGCCCUAAGCUUAAAAGGGCACACCUUGAAACCAGGUCCUCAAGAUAAAUCUGUAAUAAUGAGAUUCAUCAAUAGACUUAGCAACCUUAACCUCCCAGCCAACCAUCACCAACCCUCAUCUCAGUAGAAGAGAAACGUGGUUGUUGCUGGGAACUUGUGUUUUAGCUGUUGGACAGACAUCAGCCCUAUUUACCCAGUGAUGAGCAAGACAAAGGCAACCUCCCGACUUCUAGUAAAUUACCCAGAGCCCUACCGUUCUGAAAUACUGGAUUAUCUCUUUAAGCCAAACUUCGGUGCCUCUUUGCAUAUUCUAAAAGUUGAAAUAGGUGGUGAUGGGCAGACAACAGAUGGCACAGAGCCCUCCCACAUGCACUACGCAUUAGAUGAGAAUUAUUUCCGAGGAUAUGAAUGGUGGCUAAUGAAGGAAGCUAAGAAGCGAAACCCUAAUAUUACACUCAUAGGGCUGCCGUGGUCGUUCCCUGGAUGGCUGGGGAAGGGCUUCAACUGGCCUUACGUCAAUCUUCAGCUGACAGCCUACUACAUCGUGACCUGGAUUGUGGGGUCCAAGCAUUAUCACGAUCUGGACAUUGAUUAUAUCGGAAUUUGGAAUGAGAGGGCAUUUGACAUUAAUUAUAUCAAGGUGUUAAGAAGAAUGCUGAACCAUCAAGGUCUCCAGCACGUGAAAAUCAUAGCGAGUGAUAAUCUCUGGGAGCCCAUUUCUGCUUCUAUGCUGCUUGACCCUGAGCUCUUGAAGGUGAUUGAUGUAAUAGGAGCUCAUUACCCUGGGACACUUACAGUAAAGGACGCUAGGUUGACUGAGAAGAAGCUGUGGUCUUCUGAAGAUUUUAGCACUGUAAACGGUGAUGUGGGUGCAGGCUGCUGGGGUCGUAUAUUGAAUCAGAAUUACAUCAAUGGCUACAUGACUUCAACCAUUGCUUGGAAUUUGGUGGCUAGUUACUAUCAGCAGUUGCCGUAUGGGCGUUGUGGACUGAUGACUGCCCAAGAGCCAUGGAGCGGGCACUACGUAGUAGAAGCUCCUAUCUGGGUAUCAGCUCAUACCACUCAGUUUACUCAACCAGGUUGGUAUUACCUGAAGACAGUCGGCCAUUUAGAGAGAGGAGGAAGCUAUGUAGCUCUGACGGAUGGCUUAGGUAACCUCACCAUCAUCGUUGAAACUAUGAGUCAUAAACAUUCCAAGUGUAUACGACCACUUCUUCCCUAUUUCAAUGUGUCACAUCAGUUUGCUACGUUCGAUCUUAAGGGUUCUUUUAGUGAAAUACCAGAGCUGCAGGUGUGGUAUACCAAGCUCGGAAAACCACCAGAGAGGUUUCUCUUCAAACAACUGGACUCUCUAUGGCUCCUCGACAGCGGUGGCAGCUUCACGCUGGAGCUGCAGGAGGACGAGCUGUUCACCCUCACCACGCUCACCUCCGGCCGCAAAGGCAGCUUCCCGUCGCCUCCCAAGUCCCAGCGCUUCCCGUCUGUCUAUGAGGAUAACUUCAACAUUGAUUACCCAUUUUUUAGUGAAGCUCCAAAUUUUGCUGACCAGACCGGGGUGUUUGAAUACUACGUGAAUAUGGAAGACCCUGGAGACCAUCGCUUCACAUUGCGCCAGGUUCUCAAUCAGAGGCCCAUCACGUGGGCUGCCGACGCCUUCAACACCAUCAGCGUUAUCGGGGAUUACACGUGGUCCAAUCUGACUAUAAAGUGCGAUGUGUACAUAGAGACCCCUGAGAAGGGAGGCGUGUUCAUUGCUGGAAGAGUCAAUAAAGGUGGUAUUUUGAUUAGAAGUGCCAGGGGGAUUUUCUUCUGGAUUUUUGCAAAUGGAACCUACAGAGUCACAGGCGAUCUAGCUGGAUGGAUCAUAUAUAGUUUAGGACAUGCUGAUGUUACAGCAAAAAAAUGGUAUACACUCACUUUAACUCUGAAUGGUCGCUCCUCCUCCGGCAAGCUGAAUGGCAAGACCCUCUGGAAGAACAUCUCUGUGAACUUCCCAGGAAACGGCUGGGCCGCAAUUGGGACUCACUCCUUUGAAUUCGCGCAGUUUGACAACUUCCGUGUGGAAGCCUCGCACUAAUCCACAGAGGGCCGUGGGACACUCUGCAUUGUCCUUCUUUUUGGUUUUGGUUCAGAGCCAAUUCUCGUUUUGAUGAUCAAUAUAGGAGCCUUUCAGAGGCGAAAAAUAAUUAAGAGGAAAUGGGGAGAAAAAUAUAUUUUUGCUGAGCCUCUUGAAGAUUAUUUUAGAACUAAUUCCAAGGGGAAACAGAUGAAGCUUUAACAUGACCGGAUGUGUCCCAUACAGAGGACACGAAGUACAUGGGUCCCAUCCUUGGGAGUGGCUAGGGUGUUAGACCCCGAGGCCUUGUGUUAAUGCUGAGGGAGCUUUCGUCAUCUUACUUGCCCGUGCAGAUGGCCAGGACGUGCUCGUCAUGGUGAGGACACUCACCGUGUGUCCUCAUCGGGGGCCGUGCUGCCCUCAUAGGAAGCUGCAGACCCUGGAAGCACUGCUGUGCAGAAACCACUCCAACAUGUUAUGCCUGCACUCUGAAAAGUAUUUUUUUCUUUUCCUUUUUAAAGUGAUAUAUUUUUGAAUUACGAUGAGUGAGAUGAUUUGAAAAAUAACUCAUUAAUAACUACCUCUAAAGAUAUUUCUACAGUAAUAAAUAUUAGCAGAUUAAUUGGGUUACCUGCAUUUUUUUUUUUAUUCUUUUGGGUCUAGCUUUUAGUCUUGUGACCCUUACAACUCUGUGAACGUUUUCCGGGUGACUGGAAGGAGGAAGAAAGCUCCCUGGCAUGUAGCCAGUGCUGUUAGUGGGUCCAAAGGUAAAAUUGUAGCACAUUUUUUGUUUCAUUUCGAUGUAACUUUCUGGUCUGACUUCUCUUCUGGCAUUGGUGAUAAACUAAAAUAACUAAUGAAUACUUCCAUCUCCUUGUGCCUGGAAGAUGAUCGCCUAACCUUUUGCUGGUUUAUAGAACUGGAUCAUCCUCUAAUAUUUUGUUGUGGUUAGAAGUAUUUAUUUAAUUGAAGUACAAAUAUGUUCAAGUGUAGGUGGGAAUGUUUCUCAUGCUUUAUAAUUUGUAUCUAAUCAUUAGUGUACCCCCUUGAAGCAAAUCAGUUAUUCAUGUGGAUAAAAUAAAUUUUGUUUUUUUUUUUUUUAAUAAUGAAGGUUUAAAAGUUCAUUGAACUAAUUCUACAGUUUUGGAAUUUAUAAUGAUUUAAUGUAGGCUAAAUUGACAUGAAGUUUUGUAUUAUUGUUAGAGACAAGAAACUAAAUUUUAGAAUAAAUCAGGUUACAGAGGAAAAUUUUUAAAUUAAAACCAGUCUAAGUGAUUUCCAGUUUAGGUCACUACAUGUUUUUUAAAAUUAACUUUAUUGAGGUAUAAUUUACAUAUAGUAAAAUGUUUGCAUUUUAAGUAUUCAGUUCCAUGAGUCUUGGUAAAUGGAUAAACCAAGAUAUCAAAUGGUUUCGUUACUCCAGAAAGUUCUCUCUUAUACCUGUGCAGUCAUUUACCCUCACCCCACCCUGAUCCCAGGCAAUCAUUGAUCUGAUUUCUGUCACUGUUGAUAAAUUUUCCUUGUUCUGAAACAUUAUAAAAACGGUAUCAUACACUUUGUACUCUUUUAUGAAUAAUUUUUUUUACUUAUCAUGAAGUUUUUGACAUUUGUUUAUGUGCUAUAUAUAUCAAUGAUUUACUGUUGAAGGGGUAUACCACAAUUUGUUCCCCCAGCUUUUAGAAUUACAAAUAAAGUUAUGAACAUUCGA